GCUCGACAUCCUCGACGUCCGCGCCAGCAUGCACAACGCGUCGCAGCGCGAUAUCUGGCACGUGGACUACGGCCGGAAGCGGCUCGAGCAGGCUGCGCAGGGCUGGUGGAGCAUCAUGGUCGUCUUUGGCGUCAACAGCGUCGGCUUCUGCGUCGCGUGGUGCCUCUUCCUCGCGUCGCGCAGCAGUCGCAGCAGCCUCUACUGGAUGGGCACCACCGACACGACGGCGACGACGUACCGCGCGCACUUUGGCGCCCACGCGACGCCAUUCGAGCGCUUCAAAGCCUUUUACCACAAGUUUCGCGACAUCCAGUCGCUGCACAUCGAGGUCGGCGACGAAGCCGCCUUCUACCUCACCUUCCAGGUGUACGCCCUGCGGCUCGUGCUUGCGAUGAGCGGCUUUGCGUUCUUCGUGCUCGUGCCCGUUUACGUCUUUGCCGCGUCGACGCCGUGGUCGGCAUUUAGCACGCUCACGAUCCGGUCGCUGCCCGACAAGUCGCCGCUGCUUUGGGUGCCGGUCAUCACCACGUACAUCUUUUCACUCUUCUACGGCAUCUUCCUCCACAAGCUCGGGCGCCUUUGCAACAACCGCGACCCGGCCAAGACGAACCUCCUCUGCAUGAUCCCCUCGAGUCUCAGCGCCCGCUCGAUCCUCGUCUCGUCCGGCGUGCCCAAGCGGAUGGCCCAAGACCGCAUCUUGUACCUCCUCGACCAGAUCUUUCCGGGCUACAUGAGCCACGUGACGGUCGUCUACGACUUGGGACCGUACCGCCGACUGCACACGCAGCGUAUCGCGGCCGAAGAUCGCAUCGAACGACUGCAGCUGCUACUGCGCAUGCAACUGACCAACUCGGUCCCGUGGAUGCUGCGGCUACUGCCAGGAAGCUUGCGGUUCCCCGAGCCAACGUGCUUGCAGGCGCCGCUCGAGGACCAAGUCGCGUCGCUCCAGGCCAGUAUUGCCGAGAGCAAGCGGUUGGAAGCGCGCACGCUCGCCUCGAUCAUCGCCAAGAACGCGGGCACAGGUCGCAUCUUCCUCAUCUUCAACGACCCGAAAUGGAAGGCGCGGUUCGUCAAGAAGACCAAGUACAAGUCCAUCACGCAUAUCCUUGCCCGCGCCCCGAAAAAGUAUCACAACACCCUCAAGCGCAAGAUCGACGAGCUCCAAUUGACGCAGUGGACGCUCGACGCGGCGCCCGAGCCCGAUGACAUUGAUUGGGAGUGCGUCUCGUAUCAAUCGACCAAGCGCACGCUGCUCACGGCGACGAUUUACACGUUUCUCACGGUCUUUAUCAUUCUCUUCACGUCGCCUUUGGCAGUCACUUCGGCCAUUUCGUCGGGCGCCUACUCAACGACGGCCAAGUGGGUCAAUGAUAUCGUGUUUGAAGUCCAAGACUGCGUCGCCGGCCUCUCGCCCGUCGUGGCCAAAAUGACCUUCUCGUACAUUCCCACCAUGAUUCUUGUCAUGCUCAAUGCCGUGCUCCUCAACGUCGUGUACCACGCGGGGCGCAUGCAACCCAUGUCGACCGACUCGGCCAAGGAAAAGAGCAUUUUGCACUACAGUGCCGUGUGUACGUUCACUGGUUUGACUCUGUGUUUUCCUGGAUUUCAUAUCGUCUGUAUCAGAUUUGAUUUUCAAUACGCUGUUUGUGCCAAGCUUUACGUUUGUCUCGAUCAACGCGCUCUUCCAGUACUUUCUCGACAAGGGCCAAGUCCUCGACCUCUUCGAAAUGCUCUUCCUCAACAACUCGGGUGUCUUCUUUGUCAAUUACGUCAUUCAGCGGGCGUUUGUGGGCACGGCCGUCGUCAUGCUGCGCACUUCCGAGGCCGCCGAGUUUGCGUGGCGCUGGUCCCGCGCCGUGACACCAAAAGAGCGCGCGUACGCGGUCGACGCGUGGAAGUUCUAUACGGGCACGCAGUCGGCUCUGCAAAUCAGUGUGCUCGUCGUCAUUGUCGCCUUCAGCACGGUCGUGCCCGUGAUCUUGCCGUUUGGCGCGUUCUACUUUUUCAUGCAGCACCUCGUCGACAAGUAUUCUCUUUUGUACGUCCGACCGCGCAUCAAGGGCAAUGGUGCGAUCGCCAAGACGAGCACCCACGCAAGCAUGUUCCCGCUCAUGAUCUACCAGUGUGCGAUGGCCGGCUUCUUCCUCGUCCGCGGCACACUCUACCAAAGCACGUCCAUCGUCGUGCUCCUCAUGCUCACGUUCAUUCUGAUCCUAUGGCACUACAUUGGCGACAAGGAGCAGCUUCAGCGUGCCGUAGGCAAGGCGUAUGCUCCCGACCAGACGAUGCUGCUCUCGCCGACGUCUGGGUCGGUUGAGAUGUACCAAGACCCGGCGCUUCGUUCAUCCAUUGCACCAUCGACGCCCGCGACCCUCUACGGCACCAUGGUGCUAGAGUAGCUUACUGCACCGUUAAAAACCAAAAUUGUACAAAAUGCGAAAACGCA